UCUGUCUAUGCCUACAACAAAGUGAAAAACAAAAAAAAAAAAAAAAAAAAAAAAAAAUCCCGGAAGCACUGGAAAUAAUAAUAAAUAAAUAAAUAAACCCUGAAAAGAAAAUACCAUAAAAGUAGGGGGAUAAAACAGAAAAGGGGAAAAACAGGGUCACUUCAAUUCCCAGUUACCUUCAUAGCAGAGAGAGCAGGAACCCAACAAAAACAAAAAAAGAAAGAUCAAAACCAAAACAACAACUUGCCCUUUUCCACUGCCCUAAAGGUAUCAAAAACUUUUUUUGUUUAUUUUGCCAAGAAAAACACACGACUUUUUUCUUCUAGUUUCGUUAUGGUUAUGUUCUUGAUCAAUUCCCAGAAGCUCCCUUUUCAGAUAAAGAUUAAAUCUUUAUCUAUUUUUCCAUAUGGGUUUUUCUCCCUUUGAGUUUUCUCUCACUCAACAGCCACGACUAAGCCUAACGAAGAAGAAAGGCUGAAAAUUUCUGGGGGAAAGAGGAGAAGGGAAAAUAGCGAAGACCCAGAAAUGGCUUCGAGUAGUAAAGCAGCAGCACAUUCACAGCAACAAGCUCAGUCUUCGGGCACAAGCAAUGUGAGAGCCCACAAUACAGAGUCUGUGAGCAAAGCCAUUGCACAGUACACCGUGGAUGCUCGGCUACAUGCAGUGUUCGAGCAGUCAGGCGAGUCAGGUAAGUCUUUUGACUACUCUCAAUCCAUUAGGACCACCACACAGUCAGUACCUGAGCAGCAAAUUACGGCUUACUUGUCCAAAAUACAAAGGGGUGGGCAUAUUCAGCCAUUUGGGUGUAUGUUGGCUGUGGACGAGGCCACUUUUAGAGUAAUCGGGUAUAGUGAAAAUGCCAGGGAUAUGCUGGGUCUUACCCCACAAUCGGUUCCAAGCCUUGAAAAGCCUGAGUUCCUCAAGGUUGGAACUGAUGUCCGUACCCUUUUUACGCCCUCUAGUGCCGUUUUGCUCGAGAAGGCUUUUGGGGCCAGGGAAAUUACGUUGUUGAACCCUGUUUGGAUUCAUUCCAAGAAUUCUGGAAGGCCCUUUUAUGCAAUUUUGCAUAGGAUUGAUGUGGGGAUUGUGAUUGAUUUGGAGCCUGCAAGGACAGAAGACCCUGCUCUGUCCAUUGCUGGGGCGGUGCAGUCGCAGAAGCUGGCGGUGAGGGCCAUUUCGCAGUUGCAGUCGCUUCCCGGUGGGGAUAUUAAGCUCUUGUGUGAUACUGUGGUGGAGAGUGUGAGAGAGCUUACUGGUUAUGACAGGGUUAUGGUGUAUAAGUUCCAUGAGGAUGAGCAUGGUGAGGUUGUUGCAGAGAGCAAAAGAGCAGACUUGGAGCCUUACAUUGGGCUGCAUUAUCCUGCCACUGAUAUUCCUCAGGCGUCAAGGUUUUUGUUCAAGCAGAACCGGGUUAGGAUGAUAGUAGAUUGCCAUGCCAUGCCAGUUCGCGUAGUUCAGGAUGAAGGGCUAAUGCAGCCUCUAUGCUUAGUUGGUUCGACGCUUCGUGCUCCUCAUGGUUGUCAUGCCCAGUAUAUGGCUAAUAUGGGUUCUAUUGCCUCCUUAGCGAUGGCAAUUGUCAUUAAUGGAAAUGAUGAUGAAUCAGUUGGUGGAAGGAACCCAAUGAGACUAUGGGGCCUAGUAGUUUGUCAUCACACUUCAGCUAGGUGCAUUCCAUUCCCACUACGCUAUGCAUGUGAAUUCCUCAUGCAGGCUUUUGGACUUCAGUUAAAUAUGGAAUUGCAGUUGGCAUCGCAAUUGUCAGAAAAACAUGUAUUAAGAACCCAAACUCUCUUGUGUGACAUGCUUCUUCGUGACUCACCUACUGGUAUUGUUACCCAAAGUCCAAGCAUUAUGGACCUUGUGAAGUGCGAUGGAGCUGCACUCUAUUACCAAGGGAAGUAUUAUCCACUUGGUGUGACCCCAACUGAAACCCAAAUAAAGGAUAUUGUUGAGUGGUUGUUGGCUUUCCAUGGAGAUUCAACAGGUUUAAGCACAGACAGUUUGGCUGAUGCUGGGUACCCUGGUGCAGCCUUGCUUGGUGAUGCAGUCUGUGGAAUGGCUGUUGCAUAUAUUACUAAAAGAGAUUUCCUAUUUUGGUUUCGAUCCCAUACUGGAAAAGAGAUAAAAUGGGGUGGUGCAAAGCACCAUCCGGAGGACAAGGAUGAUGGGCAGAGGAUGCAUCCAAGAUCUUCAUUCAAGGCAUUCCUGGAGGUGGUGAAAAGCCGUAGUUUGCCAUGGGAAAAUGCUGAGAUGGAUGCAAUACACUCUUUGCAGCUUAUUCUGCGAGACUCAUUUAGGGAUGCUGAGGCAAGUAAUACAAAAGCUGUAAUAAAUGCUCAGAUUGAGGAUCUGGAGUUGCAAGGGAUGGACGAGCUAAGUUCGGUUGCACGAGAAAUGGUUAGGUUGAUAGAGACUGCAACUGCUCCCAUAUUUGCUGUAGAUGUUGAUGGCCGUAUAAAUGGUUGGAAUGCAAAGGUUGCAGAAUUGACAGGUCUCUCAGUUGAGAAAGCUAUGGGAAAGUCCUUGGUACAUGAUCUUGUGUACAAGGAAUCUGAAGAAACUGUUGACAAACUUCUUUCCCGCGCUUUAAAAGGAGAAGAAGAUAAAAAUGUAGAGAUAAAGAUGAAGAGAUUUGGUGCAGAACAUCAUAAUGACCCUAUUUUUGUGGUGGUUAAUGCUUGCUCUAGCAAGGAUUACACAAAUAAUAUAGUUGGAGUUUGCUUUGUGGGUCAGGAUGUUACUGGUCAAAAAGUGGUAAUGGACAAAUUUAUCCACAUACAAGGCGAUUACAAGGCUAUCGUUCAUAAUCCUAGUCCUCUGAUUCCUCCCAUAUUUGCUUCGGAUGAUAACACGUGUUGCUCAGAAUGGAAUACUGCAAUGGAAAAGCUAACUGGGUGGACUCGAGCGGAUAUCAUUGGGAAAAUGCUGGUUGGAGAGGUUUUUGGCAGUUGCUGUCGCCUCAAGGGUCCAGAUGCUUUGACUAAGUUCAUGAUUGUCUUGCACAAUGCCAUUGGAGGGCAGGAUGAGGACAAAUUCCCCUUCUCCUUCUUUGAUAGGAAUGGAAAAUAUGUACAAGCUCUCUUGACAGCAAAUAAGAGGAUAAAUAUGGAUGGCCAGAUCAUUGGAGCAUUCUGCUUCCUGCAGAUUGCUAGUCCUGAAUUGCAGCAGGCUCUUAAAGUCCAAAGGCAACAGGAGAAAAAAUGUUUUUCAAGGAUGAAAGAAUUAGCUUAUAUUUGCCAGGAAAUAAAAAAUCCUUUAAGUGGUAUACGCUUUACUAACUCACUUUUGGAGGCAACAGACUUAACUGAUGAUCAAAAGCAGUUCCUUGAGACUAGUUCUGCUUGUGAGAAGCAAAUGCUGAAGAUUAUAAGGGAUGUUGAUUUGGAGAGCAUUGAAAAUGGAUCAUUGGAGCUUGAUAAGGCAGAAUUCCUACUUGGAAGUGUCAUCAAUGCUGUGGUUAGUCAAGUAAUGAUACUGUUAAGGGAAAGGAAUAUACAGUUGAUUCGGGAUAUUCCAGAAGAAAUAAAAACAAUGGCAGUUUAUGGUGAUCAAGUGAGAAUUCAACAGGUAUUGGCUGAUUUCUUGUUGAAUAUGGUGCGUUAUGCUCCAUCUCCUGAAGGUUGGGUGGAGAUUCAUGUUCGUCCAAGCUUGAAGAGAGUUCCUGAUGGACUCACUCUGCUUCAUACUGAAUUCCGGAUGGUAUGUCCUGGUGAAGGCCUUCCUCCUGAUUUGGUUCAAGACAUGUUCCACAGCAGUCGUUGGAUGACUCAAGAAGGCUUAGGGCUGAGCAUGUGCAGGAAGAUUCUAAAGCUUAUGGGUGGUGAAAUCCAAUACAUCAGAGAGUCAGAAAGAUGUUACUUCUUAAUCAUUCUUGAACUUCCCAUUCCUCGAUCAGGCUCUAAGAGUGUUGUUGACUAGGGUGCUUGACAUAUGAGGUUCCUUCAAACUUGAGGCCCAUUUCCAUUACAAGCAAGCAGUGCUUGUAAUGGCUACCAGAGGACGGUUUGAUAGCCCAGUUAAAAGAUUAAACUUUGCACGAAAACAACUUGAUUUGGUGUAAGAGGUUCAAUAAAAAUACUACUUUACCCAAUUUAGCAACAACAAUCCAAAUCACCAAUCUACUCUGUUAAAUAUGGUCCAUAUGCAGUCUUAGGAUUUCAUUAAUAUAUGGUGUAUAUGCCAUAUUUUGUAAUAUAAGGUGUUGUGCAAUAUUUUAUGCGUCGAGAAGCACCAAAUUGUUGCCAUUUGAGAAUGUUCUUGAAGCUUCAAAGAUGAAAACUUUAUUGGGCUUGUGGACUCUUUAUGGGAGCUAAUUUCAUCCCUUUUUUUUGUAAGCAUGUAUUCGAAAUUUUAGAAUUAAUUUUUACUAUAAUCUUCACGAGUUUUCCCUAAAUAA